AUGGGUGUGCUGGCUAUAUUAAAGGACUACGUCAUGGUUUUCCAGGUCUGUGCUAGUUGUGCUUGGAAAUACUACAUCUCUACUGCAACUGUAUGCACAUUCAGUGUUAAGUUGGUCCAUUUCCUAAGAAUUUGUUUCCAUGCACAGGGCAGCCAGACAUUGGUCCAUAAGCUUCAUGAUCGGCAGCUCGAGCUUUUCCUGGCCUACUUGGCUUGCUUUGUGAAGGCAGAACACAUUACUAAGGUAAUUUUUCUCCCUUAGGCUUUCUCUGCCUAGCUUAGUUAAUUGGUUUUAUUCUUAUUAUACUUUGGUUUCCCAUGCCAUCUGUUGAAUGUUUCAUUUUUUUUGUUAGGCAACCUUUUUUUUUUAAAUUAUUACUUCCAUUAAAUAAUUCCCGUAUACAGCUAUCACCCAGGGCUCUAAGGGAGCUGGUCCUGGAGGAUCACAUGCUGCUGCCCUCGAAGGACGUAUAUGUGGGACAGGAGGCUGACAUGUUCAGGAGCCAGAAUCCCAAACAUGCUGUAAGCACCCUGCAUCACCUGCAUGACUUUCUAAAUUGUUUUUGAGACUUAAAUAAUGCUACAUUUGUUCCAAGUCAGAAGCAUGCUCAGUCUCUUCAGAGAAUAAACCAAAAACUUUUGGCUGAGUUCUCUUUGGUCCAAGGUUAUGUUAUCCAAGGUUAGGUGAAAAUAACUUUUCGCAUGGACAAUUUUAAAGCCCUUUUUGGACAUUUCAAUAUAAAUAAUUUUUAACUUCAUGGAGUGCCUUGGUCAAGAACAGUUAUUCUUUUCACCUAACCUUUCUUAAAAUAAUGAUCUUUGUUGUUUUUCUGUCAGUUGUUGGUGCCAUUCCUAGCUAGCAUCAGAAAAGCUUACAUCACCACUGCAGUUUACCUCCAAAAGAAACUCCCCCUGGACAGUCCAACUCUAAUAGCCUUCUCUGCACUGGACCCUCUCCUGCGAGGUCACUCACAGGCAACCAUUCAGUUAAAGAGGUAAGAUAAAAAAAAUACUUUUUUCCUUUGGGAUUUUGCUUACUCCUUUCGUUGAUUUCAAGCUCAUAUCUAUUUCUUGGCAGGCUGAGUGCUAUGCUGAGUCACCUCUUGCCAGAAGACAAGGAUCUUCCAAGGGAACGGAUUCAAUUCAGUGUUGAUCUGACCCUCCCCAAGUACAAGGAGGGAGAUGGGAUAGUGGAGUGGUGGGGUCAUGUCUUUGACCAGCCUGGUAAGUACCCCGCCCUCAGUGCAUUGGCCAAAUGCGGCUUGUGUAUCUUCCACGGACCAAGAGUGGAAUCCUCCUUCAGCCUGAUGAACGAGGUCAUUGACCAGCGUAGUGGCAACAUGAACGCGGAGACCUUCAACGCCAUCCAGACGGUGAAGUAUACCCUGCGGUCCAGGGGGCAGACGGCCAUGAAGAUGUUCCAGCGGAGUGGCGUGAAAUUUGGGGAGGAGGACAGAAUCAUGUGCCGAAAUAUAAAUAAUGCAGCAGUUGCAUACAAACAGAAACGGAAGGCAAAAGCAACAGAAAGACAGCUGCAGCACAGAAAAUAUGGCUGUCAAGAAACUGAGAGUGCUCAGCAGGCAAAGAAGCGGGCUGCUGAAAUUGAGUAG